CAGUGUCACAGAACGAACUGAAAGAUCAUAUAUAAAGCGACCCAGACCUGUAUCCGUCAGUUGCCAUUGGAUUAGCAUCAGAGUAACGUGCGGAAGAAACCCUCUUCUCUUUCAAUAUGAAGGUGGCACUGAUCCUGGUCCUGGUGGCCGUCGUUGGCCUCUCCUCUGCCUACUCCCUCGGCGACGUCUACGAGAAACUCCAGCGUGUUGAGAGGGACAUGAGCUCGGGGAGCACCGGGAUGAGCACGAGCAUGUCCUUGGAGAGCAGAGAGAAACGAGACAUCAGCAGUGGGAGCACCGGGACGAGUUCCUUGGAAAGCAGGGAGAGACGUGAUGCCUUCGCCGUCUCUCACGACCUUGAUCUGAGGCGCCUCAGGAGACGCGCCAGCCCCGACAGCAGCAGUUCCGAGAGCAACAGUGCCAGCUCGGAGGAAAUGACAACUACGGCUCCUUGAAAACCGACUCGGAUAAGACGGCGCUGACCUUCGGCAAACGACCAGACCACCAUUUGGC